GCCGUCAGGACUCAGAUACGGAGAAACUGCGCGAGACAGGAGUUUCCAAACCCGGAGUGAGCGCGAGAGGGACGUGGCAUCAGUCCAGAAGAAUAAGACCACCGAAAGGACCACAGGAUAUGGCUCAGUCGAACAUAGUUAAGUGAGAGAGCGCACGCGCCACGCCCACCCAUCCUCACCGUGGCCGCGGGCGCACGAGCGCGUGUGCCAGCCUGUGCGUGUGAGGGUGUGUAAGCGCGCGCGCCGCGCUACCUGAGCCGGCGGGAGCGAACAGGAGUGCGCGCGGAAAGAAAGCAGCAGGGGCGGCGGGCGCGCGGCAAAGCGAGAGAAGAGGAAAGAGGAAUGCGCGUGCUGGUCUCGCCGUGACGCGCGCGCGUCCAGUCCCCUCGCCUCGCGUGCUUUAUCCCUGGCCCGCCACCCUUCACCAAGACGCGCAGCGCCGCGCGCACCGUUAUGAGGCGCGAUGGUUCGGUGCGACCGCGCGCUCCAGACGCUGGUGGCCACGGCGGGCGCGUUCUUGGCGUUUAGCUUGAUGAGCAUCGCGGUGGGCACGGACUACUGGCUGUACUCGCGCGCGCACAUCUGCAACGCCACCAACAUCACCACGGACGAGACCCAGAGCCAGCCCAAGAAGAACCGCGGGGACCUGACCCACUCCGGACUCUGGAGGAUCUGCUGUAUAGAAGGCCUCAACAAAGGAAGCUGUUAUCGUAUCAAUCACUUUCCAGACGACAAUGACUACGACACUGACAGCUCAGAGUACCUAUUACGUAUAGUCCGUGCCUCCAGUGUGUUCCCCAUUCUCAGUACCAUUCUGCUGCUGCUGGGGGGACUGUGUGUGGGAGUGGGACGCGUCUACAGCAAGAGAAACAACAUCCUUCUUAGUGCAGGCAUCCUGUUUGUGGCAGCAGGUUUGAGCAACAUCAUCGGCAUCAUCGUCUACAUCUCCAGCAAUGCCGGUGACCCCAGCGACAAGCGCGACGAGGACAAGAAGAACCAUUACAAUUAUGGGUGGUCCUUCUACUUUGGAGCGCUCUCCUUCAUCGUGGCGGAGGCUGUGGCUGUACUGGCUGUGAACAUCUACAUCGAGAAGAACAAAGAAGUGCGCUUCAAAGCUCGGCGGGAGUUUGUCAAGUCUACCUCGUCCUCUUCUCCGUACUCACGCAUGCCUAGCUUCCGCUACCGGCGGAGGCACUCGCGCUCCAGCUCGCGCUCCACGGAGGCGUCGCGUGAGGCCUCACCUGUCGGCAUGAAGAUGGUCAGCUCUGUGCCUCUGGGAGAGAUCAACAUGUACACACUGACCAGAGACCCACUCAAGUCAGGGACGGAUAGCUCCUACAGCCCUGAACAUGACCCUGGAUUUCUGCAGGUGCACAACUGUUUCCCUAAAGACAUGAACGAUGCUGUCAACAGGAGGACCACGCCUGUAUGAGGAACCUUCCUGACAGGAAUGUUCUAGAAAAUCAAUAUAAAAUGGCCAUAUUGUACAGGAGCAUUACAUAUACCAAAUGGCAUGAUGGUAUGGUCGAAGUACCCCUUCUUCUCUGGCUACAGAGAUGAUCCAACUUCUGAACAACUGAUGAUGACUUUGACAUGGGAAUAUGAAUGGGCUUAAAAGAGAGCAAUUAUGACCUACGUUCUACCUAUGAUCCACACUUUUGGUCCAAUCUUUAUACAUCCAAUACCACUCCAAUUUACUAAAGGUCUUUGAACUGUACUCUACAGCAUCAUGGGGACACUUUGAGAUUUUACAACUGAAUUCUAAAUAAAGUCCUGAGCUCCUUUCAGAUCACACCUUUUUGAACACAACUACCCAACUAUAAAAAAUUGGUGCUAAAGGAAGUAGUCUCACAUUUCAAGCCUUUCUAUUCUUGUGGAUUUCUUGGAUUUUGUACAUACUUGAGUUGAACCUUGUAUGCCUUGUUUUUUGUCAUAUAUUGGUAGCCACAGCUGUCUUACCCUAUACUGUGUGCCUGUCUGCUUAGCAGUAUCCACAGCUAUAGUUGACCUAAGCUGUAGGUACUGGCUUGCAGGGAAUACUGUGUUUUGGUUCUUCUGCUGUUGUGAAACUAGAAGUUAGAUACGUUUAUGGCUUCUUAAACCACAGGAUUGGAAAACCACAAGUGUAAUUGACAUAUCUAUGCUCUGCCUACAAGUGUGUGCUUGCGUGUCAUCUCUAGCUUUAUGAAACUGAAACAAUAAAUUCUUGAUGUUGCCAUUUGAAAUGGGCACACUAAUGUUUGAUAAUGUGAUAAUUUGACCUGAUCGAUCUCAGCAGUGUGACCUGUUACACCCCUUCAAAUCCAACUGUACCUGAGUGAACUAACGCACUGCCACUAUGACCCAAGGUUCAAUUUCUAGAUCAUGCUGCUUGUUAUCAGCAGCUGGAGUCUGAGAGAUCGAUCACAAUUUGCCAUGCUCUCAUGGGGAUGAGUCGAUGGAAUUUCCUCCCAUGUCACUCCUAGAGUAAUGGUGGGCAGGCACUAUUAGCUGAUGUGUCUGAGCUAGGGAUCCGGCACUUUCCUCCAAGCUCAUUGGCUGCCUAGCAAUGCUAGCAUCAGCACCAGUUAAAAAAUGUGCUAGUUUUCCCUUUUCUAGCACAGUAAUACGGGCAUUGCUAGUGAUAGGGGGAGGGAUAAGGCUUAUAAACAGCCUUAGAAAUUUAAAAGAACGUUUUAAAAGAACACUAUUAGAUAUCAAAUUGGAAUAAAUUUGAGUUGUGCUCUUCUAAUUGCUACAGUCUCUGGCGGACAUUGUGUAAAAUGUAUUGAACCAUAAUUACAAAUGGCUGCAUUUGUGGGCAGAGGAUUGAGCAUUAAUUUGUUAAAAUUGUAAAAUUUAGUGGUGGCAAAAAGCUUACAUUUGUUUAGUUUUUUUCUUUGUUUGUUUGAGAAAAUUAAAUAAUGUUAUUAGCUGUCAGUAGAAAACCAGCCAGUAUUGUUGUUUGUCAAAGUGAGUGAGUUAAAGACGAAUUAUAUUUCACUGCCAUUAUCGUCACUCAGCACCAAGGACUAAACUGUCGACAUUCCACCCAAAAAAAAAAACUGGUGAAAUCCAGGACCCCCCCCCCUCCCUUGAAUGUGAAUGAUGGCCGUGCUGCUGCUCUGUGCUACAGCAGCCCUGUGUAAAUCUGAAUGCUGGUUGCCACUGGGACUGUGACAUUGUGCGAGCCUGAAGAUAAACGGAAGGCUAAGAAAUGUCAGACAUCCAGAAAUGAAAGAGCGUUUCAUUUUUCUUUUUCUUUCAUUCUUUCUUUUUUAAAGCCCGUCGGCACUGCAAAGCUUUUCAGUGGCACUGUCCAUUUGCUGAUACCAAUCUAGGACUAAGAAGAAUGAAAGACUGUCAGUCUCACAUCAGUGUGGCCAAACCAGCCGUUCAGAAGACCAUCCGUGUCUUAGCUUUUUGGGAGCCUUAUGUUUGGAAUCCCUGUCAAAUCAGUGCGCCAGCAAGCCACAUGCUCUGUCACUGUUUAUUUUCUCACUAUAGCAGGGUCUCUCUGCUUCCAAGAGGGACAGCUUCCCUCUUUUUUUUCUCAUUCUCAUGUAUUAUUUGUACACUGCUAUCUGUAUGAGUGGUAAUAGAAUGCUGUGUGGUUACUGGUCAAUUGCCUGUUGCUGAAGUGAUUCUCGUGCACUCUUAAAAGUGAAGACUCAUGGAAUAGGGUUGCAAUGGUAACUAGUUUCGGGGUAUACUAUGGUCUUAAAAUGUGCGGUUAUUACAUCAUGGACGUUGGAUAACAUAAGCAAGCAAGUGAACAGAAAAGUUUAUCCAUACAACCAUCCUUUCCACCUUAGCCAAUCCUGAUCUCAGCAAGUGACACAAAACACACACAGUGGAGGAACACACUUAAACACACACAGCAGAGAAAAUAGCAGAAAACUUAGUUUUACCUCCAUCCAGUCAGCAGGGUGGGAUUACUUUAGAUACUAUGUGAAAGAGUAAUACCUUUGAGUAAUCCAGCUUGGAAAAACAGUUAACAUAGCAGCUAACAUGACGUGUCGGAUUUAACCCAGCUUAGCCCAACUAGCAUCUCUGCUAAUUAAUUAUUUUAGGCGUCUGGUUCAGAAUAACCUACACAGCAACCUACACAUAUCAAAGAAAGCAGCAAACAAAUUUGGAACCAUCCAUAAAAUCCUCCAUCAGUUACAUCCUAGUUUAAAUCACAUAGCAUCUUCUGAUCCAUCUUAUUGAUAAUUGUGCUUCUUCUUUUUCUUUAUUAACAUUAUUAAUAAUAUUAUUAUAAUUCUGAAUGCUUUAUGAAAUAUAUCAUACUGCAAUAUUCUCUGAGAUGGAUAUCAUAUCGUAAAUAUAUACCAUGCCGUUGCAACCCUACUCCUGAAUGGUUCUUGGCUUGGUCGUAUGGCUCUAGGAGAAACUUGCAGUAUAGGCUUUAAAAUACAUGGAGAUUCCUUAAAGAAAUAUUCAUGGACAUCUUGGUAAAGGACCGUAAAUUGGCUUCAAGAACCCACUCUUUUCUAGCAUCUUCACUUUUAAAAGUGCGGAAAAAAGGAUCUCAAAACUUGUACAUAACUGAAAGAUGUUGGGAUAAAACGCAUAAUCAGCUACUCUCACUUAGUAAACCUGUUUUUAUACAUGAGCUUCAGAGCCAUGCCUCAGCAUAGCCUGGCGUAUGGUAGGUAGUCUUGAAUAUUGACGUAUUUUCUAUGAUCCACUGACUGUGUGUGCUUUAGCUAUUAUUUACAGAGUGGCUCUAAUGCCUUUUUUCUCUGGAAACAUAUUCACUAUAACCUGCCUGUAAACGCUCUCCGUCUUUUCCAAGAAAGACCUAUCUCUCUCCUCGACUUCUCUUUAUUUGCUGAUGUCGUUGUUCCCAGUAUUGCUCUCUCUCUCUCUCUCUCUCACCAACAAUGUCACUCUAUUGUUGCUCACUUGAAUAAAUGAAGUCAGGGCACAUGU